AUGAUGCGGAAGUUAUUUUGUAACGUAAAACACAUUUAUUUCAUUUUUCAAUAACAACUGGAGAUAAAAACCGGGACUUAAAAGUGGUUAUAGCGUUGUCUGAUUCAUAUUUGUUUUCAAUGUGUUAUAUUUGAGCUAUUUGUGUACAUGUUUAUACCUGUGCAUGUAUUACGAAAUACCAGACAACGCCUUUGGUAUUUAUUUUGAAGAUACCCAUGGAGAAACUAGAAAAGGAGAGACUUUACGGUAGAUUGCAACAGUUUUAUGAUGAAAUUGUUAUGCUUGUAGUACAUAUCUAUUUUGAGAGGGAAUUCUUACAAAAUGGAGAUUUGAAUACAUUUUUACAAAACAAACAACAUAAACAUGCUCUUUUCCACGAAUUUUUUCCUAAAACAAAGUGUUGUGAAUGUAAAGGUGCAGCACAAAAACCAUCAGAAAGGAAAGUUUGUUUAGGAAAAUAUCAAUUUAAUAAACUUUACGUCUCCUCUGUCACCGAAGUUUCAAACCAUAAGGAAAAGAAAGGAAGCAUAAUCACACAGCACUGUUUAUGCAAAUUUCAACCGCGGCAACAAGUCAAAGUGGAAGACCUUGAUAUAAUUCUUGUUUAUGCCAUCCAUAGUUCGUGUUUUGGUGCUGUAAGUCCUCCAGGUGAUCCGCAACUUUUUUCGAAAAUUAAAGAUAUAAGAAAUGAUAUUGCGCAUGUUGGCAGAGGUGACGCACUAUCAUUGGAAGAUUUCAACGCCAAAUGGGAUAUUCUUGAACAGUCUUCACUUGAAAUUGCCAAACUGACAUGCGAAUCACACCAACAAGGGAUUAAAAAACAAAUCACCAAUUUAAAUGCCAGUAAUGAUCUCUUUGACAAGAUUAAAGCAGCAGCUAAAGAUGCAAGUACAGAAAUUAAGGAGAUAUUAUUAACAGUCCUGAAAAAUUUUCCAACCGUUAUCCUGGAUGAAAUUGGGCUAAUCAUAUAUCAGAGAGAACAACUCACAUACAAGUUUAAGAAUUUAGAUGUGCAAAUAGCCACACGAACAAGCAAUGGAGAUGAAAAUAAAAAAAAUAAAAAUUCAGGAGAUAAAACAGAAUACUUCGUGAAAUGGACACUAGAAAAUCCGGAAAAUAUGUCCAUUGCAUAUAUAAAGAAGAUGAUGCAACAUGUGACAGAGUUGUCGAGCCAUAAAAUAAUAUUUGUUUAUGCAGGCUCUGUGCAGAUAGAAUCAUCAGUAUCGUAUGAUAUAGUCCUUAAUCCAGAGAAAUUUGCUGCGAGUAUCUUAACAUUUUUAGCAAAGUUUACAGAGAUUUGCAAGAUUGAUACUUCUAAAGAUAUGACAAUCGAUGUAGAUAUAGCAGUAUCUGAAUUGCCAUGGAGAGCAUACAAAGAUAAAUCUAAAGACAGAUCUGUUAGAAGCACUUGUGACGAACUCCAGCAAAUUGUGCAUGCGUAUUUAAGCCACAAUCAUAAGAGCUGGAAACGAUGUGCAUCUUUGUCACAACCUACGGUAGAAAUAAAAUCCACGAAACAGCAACAAUUUGCUAUGACGGGCAAAAAACGAAAAUCAAAAUCCCAAGAAGUUUUCGCUUCAAAGAGAAAAAGAUCUGAGGUCUCAUUUAGCGAAUCAUUUAAGGAAGAGGAACCUCAGCCUUCGACAUCAGGUAGUCUUCCAGUUGGGGAAGGGUACAUAACUUGGUCAGAAGAAGAUGUAGCCAUGAAAUUGGAAGACUAUUCUUUUAAUAACGCAGCCAAAGUAUUCAGAGAGGAGGGUAUAUCCGGAGAAGUGUUGGAUAUGUUAAAUGAAGAACAACUUGAAAAAAUGGGCAUAACCAAAAUUGGAGAGAGAUUAAAAAUUAUGAAAGUCAUCAGAAAAAUUACCGGAGUUAUAGAUUUUGAAGAGCAUCAGAAAAAGAUAUUUAAUGAUCCCGUCAAUGGACAUACAGAAGUUCAUCCUCUUUGUAUCAAAAUAAUAGAUACUCCGCAAUUUCAGAGACUGAGGGAUUUAAAACAAUCGGGAACAUGCUAUUUUGUUUAUCCUGGGGCAACUAACAAUAGAUUUGAACAUUGUAUUGGAGUAUGUUAUCUUGCUGGACAGCUGGUCCGCAUGCUACAGAAGAGACAGCCAGAAUUAAAUAUAACAAAUAAAGAUAUUUUGUGUGUAGAAAUUGCAGGCCUUUGUCAUGACUUAGGUCAUGGACCAUUUUCACAUCUAUUUGAUUCAAAAUUUAUACCAGCAGUAAGACCCACUUCAAAAUGGAAGCAUGAAGAUGCAUCAGUAAUGAUGUUUGAUUAUUUGAUUGAGAAACAUAAUCUUAUGGGAGAAUUUAAGAAAUAUGACUUGAUAGAUAAAGAUAUCAAAUUCAUCAAAGAACAGAUUGAAGGACCUAAACAAAAUAGGGAACAAACUGCAGGUCAUCAGAAAUAUGAAAAACAUAUUGGAGGACUUAAAAUAGAAGAGAGUGUUUGGCCAUACCAUGGUAGAGAUCAAAGUAAAGGCUUUUUAUAUGAGAUAGUAGCCAACAAACGGAAUGGUAUUGAUGUUGAUAAAUGGGAUUACUUUGCAAGGGACUGUUAUGGUUUAGGAAUAAAAAAUACGUUUGACCACAACAGAUUCAUGAAGUUUGCAAGAGUGUUAAAAGUAAAAGAUGAAUACCAGAUCUGUUCCAGAGAUAAGGAAGCAGAAACACUAUACGGUAUGUUUCAAAUAAGAGCAACACUACAUAGAAGAGCUUAUCAGCAUAGAGUUUGUGAUGCUAUCGAAGCCAUGGUAACAGAUGCAUUUAUUGCCGCAGACCAUAAAGGUAUCAUUCCAGGGAAAGAUGGGAAUUUGAAGAAGUUAUCUGAGUGCAUUGACGAUCCUGAAGCAUAUACAAAUCUUUCCGACAGCAUUUUCCAUGUGAUACUUAUGUCUGUUGAUAAAGGCCUUGAAAAGUCCAGAAAAAUAUUACAAAGAAUCAUGCAUCGACAAUUGUAUGCUUGUGUUGGAGAAACUACCCCUACUGAAGGCGAAACAUAUGAAAAAUCUUCACAAGUCAUGUCAGAAAUAAUUUCAAAUAUACCUCCGGAGUCCAAAGGUGAACUACUUGAGGAUGCCCUUUAUGUUGAUUUAGUGUACCUUGAUUACGGAAGCAAAUCUAAAAACCCAAUGACCAAUGUCAGAUUUUAUAAUAAACGAGAUGUGACAAAACCAGUUCGUAUAGAUAAGAAUCAGGUAUCGCUUAUGUUGCCAAAUGUGUUUUCAGAACAAAUUGUUAGGCUAUAUUGCAAGAAAAAUGACAGCGAGAGCUUGAAGAUAGCCAGUGAUUGUUUUAAGAAAUGGUGUCAAGAUAAUAACCUUCUCUUACAGAUCAAGGUGCCAGAAGUAGUACGGUAAACAUGGUAAAGAAUGAAUGACCAUUAGAACUGACAAUUGAAAACGGAUUUGUCAAACUCAAGAUUAACAUUUGUUUUUGUCACUCAAAGUUCAUGUUUUAUUUAUCUUACACGCAGUACUGAAAUAUCUAAAUUGUUUACUCUACAUUGUACAUUAUAGUAAAUCUGGUCUACUCUUAUUUUUCUAACCUGCAAAAAGCGUGUACUGGAGGGCUGCGUGACAAGAAAACAAUAAAAUAUCAAAAAUCGACAGGACAAUAUAAUUGUCGAUGUGAUUAAUAUACAUAAAAAAUGUAUAAGACAUUCGAACGCUUAUCAUUGAUAUAUGUUCAAAAUUCAAAGAUGUCGGUAGUUGGUGGUUGUUUAUCAAUUUUUGUUUUGUAAAUUUGUUAACUCUGUGUAUGUACUGUCUCUUAGUUUUAUAACGUCAAAUACUUUACUGCUUAUACAUUCCAUGGAAACUGACAUUUGCAAUUCAAAAUGUCGUUGACCUGUUCUCUGCACACAUUAGAUAGUGUUGUAAUGAUAUAAGUACGAUAACGCAAUUUUAAGAUACUUUUUAUUUGAAUAUUUUGUGACUUUCUUUACGUUGAAAGUAGAUGUUUUUUCCCCAAACAUGUAGUCUCAUUUCUGCAAAAAUUUAAUAAUCGAUAUUGGACUAUAUUAAAAAGUAUGCUUUCACGAUUCCUUUCAUGUCAUCCAUAUUCGGAUAAAAGGUACUUUGCAUGAUUUGUAAAGAAAUUUGUUGUUCUAAAACUUUGGAAAACUUUUUUAAUUCAGGAAUGAUCACCCUCGUGCAAAGCUCUGAUUUCUUGUCCGGGUUUCCUUACAUUCGGUUCUUGUUGUUUUUAUCUACUCUUGAAAAUCUGCAUUUUAGACUUCUAAUCUUCGAAAAUUUUGGCCUCAAGCAUCAUCAGUUAGUUUUCGAUAUAGGCAUCUGGUGUGGCAAAACUGUAACGUUAACGUCGAAAAGACGCACAGGCUAUUUCAAGGCCCAGUUUUGACAAAUUAAAAGACAAUGUUCUCAAACAAAUUUAAUCUUAAAACGUCAUAAGCAGUAUGAGAGAGUAUGACCUUGUAGAAUGCCUAAAUAUGAGUAUCGAGAGGAUGUAAGAUCAUUAUUAACUGAAUGUUUACUUGUCAUACAAUAAAGAAAAAAGAAACAAUAUUAUCAAUCUGAAUAAAAAUAUUUAAACGAA